AUGGAUCUCAACGUAAAGUUUAGAGGAUGGGAAGUUGCUUUAGACUCCGACGACUUCACACUUCCUUCUAUCCUGAAAUUUCGUCGGACGAAGAAGGAUUUCUCGUCCAAUAAGCAAGUCGAGCAUACUGCCAUAGCUAAGUUUGUAUCGUACGUGGAAGAAACUGCAGUAGAUGAAAAGUGGAGGAAGGCGGCAUCCGUCUUCAAUAAAAGCGGAGAGUUAAAGCGUCAGGCUCAAUGGGAAGCUGUUGAGACAUUCUGGAGAGAAGUCGAGCUUGAGGAAAUUGAGAAAGACAAUCAGCUGUUGUCGAAGAAAAUGGAUCAAGUUGAUAUGAGAUUUUGUUUAGAUCAAUCUUUAGCCGGAAAUGAGGCUCACGUCAUCUUGAACCGGACAAAGUUGGACUGUUUAUCGAAAAGGGAGAAUCUCAAGAGAAAAGCUGUACCCAAUGUUGACACAGGCAAGAGCGAUACAAAUACUGUCAGCGGAACUAUAACCGGUGGUAUGUUCAUUGACAGAUCAUCCGAAUCAAAAACAGAUCGGGAAAAGGACGAGAUCGAUGACUUCUUUCUAAGUACUUCCGAACAACAAUCAUCCAAUCCGUUCGAACAAGACACUGUCAACAAAACAGAUAACGAGAGGGACAAAAAAAACAUAAACGAGAUGAGUCUCCUCAUUGCCUUAAUUGUGAUGCAGAGAGAGAUUAAUAUUUCUGUCUUUGAAUUUUGUCCAUUCUGUGGAACUAAUAUUGAUGCAGACACUUCAAAGUUGCAGUUGAGCACAGGCAAAAUAGUGGAGGAUGUACUCUUUGAAUUUGUGAAAGACAUAGACUAUGAACA